CGAAGCGCGUCGCCGAUCGCCUCCGCUCUCUCAUUUACGCACACACCCCCGUCCGUCCCUCAUCCCCGUCGGUGUCGCACAGACACGGCGUACCACACCCGCGAGUGAAAACGUGGCGGAAGGCGCGCGCGGCGCCGCGAGCGAGAGAACACUCGUGGCACCCACUCACACGUAACACGUAUACGUGCGCGUGCGACACCCACAUCAUUCUUGAACCCACACCCUUGACUUGCACGUAGUGAUAAUUUCCUCUCUCGCGAUCGCGCGGUGGGAAAAACGAGCGGCAGCCGGCUGGAAGCGACUCGGCGAUCUCGGCGAGCAGGAAGGCGCGAGGGGAGACCGACCGUCGCCGCGAAUUCAUGAGUGUCGAUUAACCGCGCACAGAGAGAGGCACCCCGCCGGGUGAAGUGUCGGUCUUGGAAGUAAGAACUUACCGGAAGUAAUAACGAACCGCCAUCAUGAUCGUGGACGAUAAACAGGAAAUGGAAGGUUUCUGGAUCAGCGGGGCGAUCCAUGCGAUCAAGGCUCUGUCGUACGUGUACGACUUGCUGACCUUCCCUGUGUACCUUAUACUCCAGCGACCAUGGGAGAAGCGUAAGGCCUCGAGAAGGAUCAAGGCCCGUCCGAUCCUCAAAGAUGAUAAUCAGAUCACUUACAGAAGCGUCGACUCCCCGGGACCGAUGCACAUCAUGCUCGAGCGCGAAAAGGUUGAUACUCUGGAAAAGGUGCUUCUCUGGGUCACCAAAAUGCACGGCGACAAGAGGUGUCUUGGUACCAGGCAAAUCUUAGCAGAGGAGGAUGAGCCUCAACCUAACGGCAGAAUCUUCAAGAAGUACAAAAUGGGAGAGUACAAAUGGAAGUCUUUUAAUGACGUCGAAAGAUUGGCAGCUUCUUUCGGUAGAGGUUUGGUAGAACUCGGUAUGAAGCCACGUAAGAACAUCGUUAUUUUCGCCGAGACAAGAGCGGAAUGGAUGAUAGCGGCGCAUUCGUGUUUCAAGCAAAAUUUUAUUGUGGUGACAAUUUAUGCAACCUUGGGCGACGAAGCUAUUGCUCAUGGUAUCAACGAAACUGAAGUGGACACUGUCAUUACCAGCCAUGAACUUUUGCCAAAAUUCAAACGAUUGUUGGACAUGGUACCGGAAGUCAAAACAAUUAUCUACAUGGAAGAUCAACUCAAACCGACUAUCACCACGGGUUACAAGGAUGGAGUGCGAUUAGUACCCUUCUCCGAUGUCAUCAAAAUGGGCAAUAGCUCAACCGCGAGUGCUAAUUCGCCAAAGAGUGAUGAUACCGCUAUAAUUAUGUAUACAUCUGGUUCGACCGGGAUACCGAAAGGCGUUCUUCUGUCUCAUAAGAAUAUUAUAUCCACUCUGAAAGCAUUCUGCGAUGCUGUACAGAUCUAUUCGGACGACGUUUUUCUGGGUUUCUUGCCAUUGGCUCAUGUCUUUGAAUUAUUGGCUGAGAGUGUCUGUCUUUUAAGUGGAGUGCCCAUUGGUUAUAGCUCACCGCUUACAUUGAUCGAUUCGAGUAGUAAGAUACAGAGAGGAUCAAAGGGAGAUGCUUCCGUUCUACAUCCAACUUGUUUAACUGCAGUACCACUCAUUCUCGAUCGUAUCUCCAAAGGAAUAAAUGAGAAAGUGAAGAAAUCUGGUCCAUUUAGGCAAGCCAUCUUCAAUUUUGCAUACGAAUACAAAUUAAAAUGGACGAAACGAGGCUAUGAGACGCCUCUCUUUGAUAAGUACAUCUUUGGAGCCGCAAAACAAGUGCUCGGCGGUCGCAUUAGGCUUGUUCUUUGCGGAGGCGCUCCGCUCAGUCCAGACACUCAUAAUCAAAUAAAACUUUGCCUAUGCGUCACCGUAACUCAAGGAUAUGGUCUCACAGAAACAACUUCUUGCGCAACCGUUAUGGAUAUGCAUGAUAGAACUACCGGAAGAGUCGGAGCACCUACUACAAUUUGCGAUAUUCGAUUGGAGAAUUGGGAAGAAGCCGGCUACCGAGUUAAAGAUCAUCCACAUCCUAGAGGAGAGAUUGUGAUCGGUGGUGAUAUAGUUUCCGCAGGUUAUUACAAAUUGCCGGAUAAAACGAAAGAAGACUUCUUCCAGGAGGAUGGUAGACAAUGGUUCCGAACAGGUGAUAUUGGCGAAAUUCAUCCCGAUGGUUCCAUCAUGAUCAUUGAUCGAAAGAAGGACCUGGUUAAAUUGCAACUAGGCGAAUACGUUUCUUUGGGUAAAGUCGAGUCUGAAUUGAAGACCUGCCCUGUUGUAGAGAACAUCUGCGUUUAUGGCGAUGCAAAUAAAGCGUACACAGUGGCGUUGGUCGUACCUAAUCAACAUUACUUGGAGGAAAUUGCUAAUAACCUAGAUAUAACUGGAAAGACUCUUGAGGAACUUUGUAGCAAUCCACAGAUCGAGAAAGCGGUACUCCAAGAACUUGUUGAGCAAGCGAAAAAAUGUAAGCUCCAAAGAUUUGAAAUACCAGGUGCGGUGAAAUUAUGCGCAGAACAAUGGUCGCCCGACAUGGGUUUGGUUACUGCCGCAUUCAAACUAAAGAGGAAAGCAGUUCAAGAACGUUAUCAACACGAAAUUAACAGAAUGUAUGCCUCGUGAUGUUCCGCCAUAGGAUGCACUAAGUGCUGCGCGUAACGGGGAUAUAGACCUAAGAAAUCACUUUGUCCAACAGACGGUACCUCGAUAAUUCAUAGAUACAUAUAAAUUGUGUCGUAAAUUCACACUGGUUACGUGAUACGUACCAAACUCGUGGCAAUUGCGUGUGCAAUAAUAAAUGAUAGUUCUGAUGUGUCAAUAUUCGACAAAUCAAAUUAUCAUUAAUUCGGAUAACGGAGCCAAGAAAAUCAUUUGAAGAAUGUUGAGAUUUUUUGAUCCAAAAAUGAAAGUAUCACUUUUUGAUGACAUUUCUUCAUCGGGUCUUCCGAGCAUGAUUGAUUUUUCGCGAAUUUUCAUCGAUAUCGAUUGUUACACACGAAUUAAGUAUUCGAGUGACAUAGAACCGAUGGAAUUUUUUGUAUAUCACAUUAUGUAUUAUAUAACUUUACGUACGUGUUAUCGAGGGCAGAUGGAUUUCCUGUAAAAUUAUAUCGUAGCGCGAAUAUUGGAAAAGAUAAAUAGUACAAGAUUUUCUGAUAGGAAAAUUGUUGUCGUCCUAUUCUCCCUGUCUUCAUUUUUAAUUACAUCAUUAAUUUGUUAUUUUAUUAGUGCAUCCAAUUGUUGGUGUUAUCGGGACAGUCAUGAUAUCUUCGCGAAAACGAGCUGAUUUGGAUGAAAUUUACAACUCGUACGGUGUACUUAUUUUAAGUGUUGUUCAAAAUCGUCGAGUUUGGUCUUCGAGGAGAGGAUUUGAAACGGGUCUUCUGAAAUAAUUCGUUUUAUUACGAAUAAAUAUAUUAUGUGUAUAUAUAGAAAAAAAAAUGAAAAUCGAGGCUGUAUGUGUUCGGCACGUAUAGAUAAAUUCAAGGCAAUUUUAAUAAUAAUAUCUUGUGUAUAUUAAAAUUUCUCUCAUCGCUACUACCACUUAGCAUUAUACUCUUAUACCGUCUGUCUAGCAAUUCGUCGACAUACUUUUCGUCGUCUGCCUACUUUUUGAAACAUUAAUUCAAACAUCAGAAGAUUUCUCCCAACAGAGUAUUUUUGUGUAUAUGCGUAUGUGUGAGUAUAUGCGCGCGUGGAUGUUUAAUUUUCAUUAAUGAUGCUUGUAUGCAUAUAUAUGUCCAUAAUAAGAAAAGAUUAGGGAAUAAAAACAUAUGUGAGCUUAUAAAAAAAUCAUGUUUGCAAAUAUAUAAUUGUUCUUUAUAUUUGUUAAUUUUUUGAUGUGUGUGUCUCUGACGGUUCGAAUCGUACGACCGAAUUCAUAUUUAUAUAUUAAAAUAUUUUAAAAAAUAAAUAUAUUAUUGCCUACAUGAUUUGCCUAAAAUUUUGAUUACAUAUGAUGAGAAAUCAAUUUUCGAAAUUUGCUAUGUGUACGUAAUGAUGCGCGUAUUUUUUUCUAUAUUUAUACAAAAUGUUAACAUAUACUACACCGAUUUAUAUUCUCUUUAUUCGCGUGCAUAUUCCGGUAUGAAUACGAGCCGACAGAGAAAACAGUACAGUGUCCUGGAAACUGUACAUACAAGAUUUUGUCGCGUAAGAUGUGCAAGUAGCAAUUAAGUUAAUAUGUGCGUUCACACAUACCGACACAAAAGCUUAAUGUUUUUCUUCUGUUUCAUUUUACGGAAACAAAAGGAGCGGGAGCUAGUGAGAGCUAAUUCAAGAGCAGCUCACGUUUGUUUCAUUUGCCACGAGAGUUCCUGCGGUAGCUAAAUACAUGAGAGUUGGUACUAAUCUCUAUUAAUUAUUAAGCGCUGUACACAUUACUUAAGUAGGCGUGGUCAAUUGUUUGGUGUUAUGGCAUCAAAAGUUACAAUUAUUAUUACUAUGAUUAUUAGCAAUUAUUAUUUGAGAAUAAUUUGCAAAAUAAAUGUACAAAGAUGUAUAUCGCUGACUUGAACGUCAUU